AUGGCUAAUUAUAAACGACUUGCAAGGUCGGGCAGGGACUGGUCCAACUACGAGCUUAAAGCGUAUAACAUAACAUUUGCAUUUCAUGCGCCGGACAAGUUCUUCCCUACCCCAGACCCGUCCCUCGACCUCGUUGAUCCGGCCAUCCUCAUCUCUCCUUCUCAUGUCAUCAACAAUCCCGCCCUUUCCGACGUCGCAGUCGAAUACCUCAGCUACCUUCGUCGUACCAGACUCAUGGAAGACAGUUUUGUUAUUGACUUCACUGCCAAGACACUGAAGCUUCUAGGUUACAAUGAGCGUUGUACCACGAUAGCUACACACUACAACAUUCCACUCACCAUUGCUGGCGACGGCAAAUGUGCUGCUCCAGCGGACGUGUGCCUUAUCCAUAACUCAAACUUUGUUCUCUUGGUGCUCAUUGAGGACAGCUUCCUCACCCUCCGGAAUGAUUCAGCGGCCCAGGUCAUUGCGGCGGCCAUAGCGGCCUUCCAGCUCAACAGCGGAAAGCGUGAAGACCAUACCCUCCAGCCUUUGGAUACCAUGACGAUCCUUGCAUAA